UCGCGUGAACACAGCACUGGUGUGCUCUCCAAAACACAGCAGACCCCAAAUGUUUUCCUCGGUCUUGCUGCGCUUCCACGUCAUCGUCCGUCGUCUAUUUUUUCUACCGCUCCAUCCUUAAAACUGCAGCAAGUCCUCCUCUUUACUAUUUGGAACAGCGUUGGCUGCACGAGCAGUUGGAAGCAGUUCCCGAGCAGCGUCAGUGUUAUUAUUCGACAUGAGGCUUGGACUGGCCACUCUCGUGUGUUUCCUCAGCUCUGUGUGGCUGACGGAGUGCGCGCCUCCGACCUGCUACUCCAGGGCGCUCGGCCUUAGCAAAGAAGUCAUGGCUUUGCUGGAUAAAAUACACACUUACCACCUCACGAAAACGUGUGCUGAAGUCCUGCCUACUAUCUUCAUUGAUGUGCAUAACUCAUGUAUCACCACCAAGCUCCGUGACUUGCUCUACGUGGUGCUGAACCAUCCCAGCCAGUUCUGUAGAGAGCGUCCCAGAAUGGUGUUGCUGAAACGAAAAGUCCAGAACUUGUACACCAUCAUCACCAGAAUUUGUUAUCGGGACCUGGUGUUUUUCACAGAUGACUGUGAGGCUAUCGAUACUGGCCACAGCAGCAGGCCUCACUAUGCAGAGGACAGGCUUCAGCUCCUGCAAGAGGAGAGAUGAGCAACACACCGAGCAGACAACUGAUAUACACUGGUCUAUUACAUUCAUACACACACAUCAGCAAUAUGUAGAAUGCACGCACAAGUACAUGUACAGUACACACCACGGCCUGCAGUCUAUUAGAUACAUCAUACAGUUUUGGAAGGACACACAGUGCUGUUUCAUGUCGCACCUAGUUGGCUCUGUGUUAGCUGCGGACCCAUGUUAGUGGACAUGUGUGGCUACAUUCCAGCAAGGAGUGCAGAACUUUCCACAGGAAAUUUGCUGAAUGCCAACCAUGCCGAUGAAAACCUUGAAAUAAUAAACCAUUAAGAGAUGCUUGUGAGCCGGGAUUUAAGUGCUGCUUACUUACCAGGGCCUGAUCAAAGGUCCAUGUGUCAUUAAGAGAAAUAUGUUGUGUUGCCAUAACCCUUGGUCUGACUAACAUGACUUAAAGGAGCAUUAUGCAGCAUUUUGUAAACAUCUGAAGCAUCAAACAUGAAAAUGUUAUGCAAGAAUUAGAUGUCCUGGGCGUUGCAUUGGUUUUACAGUAUGUUCUCUCAGAAUUCUCUCACAUAAAAAGUGUUUUUACUCGUCGUUUAAAGCCACGGAAGUUAAAACAGUGCUGCUACUGCUUUAAGUAUAGUUGGAUAAAAUUUAUAUUUUUAUGGCCUUAAGCACAAUGCAUAUGAAAUAAUAGAGCCCUCACUGUCAUAGACAUAUUAGGAACUUGUACCUGUUUUUAUAUAUACUUAAUGGCAAUCUAUAUACAGUAUGUCUUCUGUAAUAAAACUUCUUUCUAUA